AUGAUGAAUACAACAAGGAAUACUACUAAUUAUCCUACUGAAAAGAAUACAACAUCUCCAUUACAUACAUUGGAAAAACAAUUAGCAAGAUCUAAAUCUCAAAUGAAAUCAUCUAAUCUAUCUCAAUAUCAACAACAACAACAGGCUCCCAUUGAAAAUCAUGAUCGUGAAAGUAUUUAUUCGUUCGAAUCAGUAAGUACAACUGGAAGAUUACUAGAUCGUCUAGAAUUAGAUAUGGAUGAUUUAUAUGACGAUUCAGGUGAUGAUUCACCAGGAAGUUUUACAACUAUUCCAUCAACUGGUAGAUUAUUUAAUCGAUUAAGUUUAAAUAAUGGUAAUAACAACAACAACUCACGAUUACCCAGUGACACAUCACUACUCAUAAAAACCCAGAUUGGACCAAGAAGCCCAAUUAUAAGACAUCCACAAGCUCCAUUUAUUCAACAACCUCAACGACAACAACCUCAUCUAAAACAUGUCCCCAUGAAUCUUGUGUUCAAAAAUAUAAACACUUCAAUCGAUGUAGAAGCAGAUAUGGCAUCUUUGAAACGAGUUACAACUGCAGGAACAGUCAACACUACAAUUCCAUUAAAAGAAGAAGAUCAUCAACAACAACAACAACUACCUUCAUCCCUGGAUGAUGGUGGUUCUUCUGCAUCUACCCCAACUUCAUUAACACCCUCGGAAAAAACAUUGGGUUCACCCAUGAAUACACCAUCAUCACCAUCUCCACCAACUGCAGCAAAUGCCAGUCAUUCACCAGAAUCAUCAUCCAAAACCCGCAUAAAAUCAGAAGAACAAUUCAUUAAACCACCACCACCACUCACAAUAAGAUCUCCAUCUGCACCAAUAGUCUCCACCAGUGAGCACAACACCCAUCCAGAAAAUCUCCGUCGUUUCAGUGCCGACAAUGACCCCCCACAACAAGCACAACAACAACCCAAUGAAGAAGCCCAAAUCAUCCAAGAAAUCAUCGAUUCAAGACUAAAAUUCAUCCAACAACUCCGAUCAGAAUCAAAUCACCGUGAAGCAUCCUAUCAACUCCAACGUAUCGCCAAUGAACCCUUCUAUUCCACCCAAGCAAUGUAUUUAUACGCCAAAGCCCUCAAAACCGGGUUAGGCGUCAAACAAAACUAUAAACAUGCUUUGAAAUGGUUAUGUAAAUGCAUCCUAAUCACUACCAUCACCACCAGUCCCACCGCUACCCUGGUAGUGAAUUCGAAAUUAACCAAUCUUGAUCCGGAAGAAUUGGUUCUGUUUGUGAUUCGACAUCUUGAGAAUACCAAUGAUGAGAAGGAUGGAUAUCAUAAUGGAACACAACCCAAUCAACUCGAAUUAAGGUUUAAAAAAUUAUCAAAACCCCAAAUCAAGGAAUAUGUGACUCUGUAUAGGAAUACUAGUGAUAUUUUAGCGGCGGCAUAUCAUGAAUUAGGGAGUUUUUUGAUAAAUGGUUGGGGAAUUGAUGUUUGGAAGGGAGUGGAUGAGAUGAACGGGAUAAGGUGUUUACAAAAACUGGCAUCGAUGGGAUAUAUUGGAUCAAUGAUUCAAUUGGGGGAAGUUUGGGGGAAUAAAAGUAAAUGGCAUAAGAAGGAUUUAUAUAAAGCUGCCAGGUGGUUAAGGAUGAGUGAAGUAUUUGGAGUUAGGUUGAUUGGAAAUAGUUGGAUAUAUAAAGAGAAAUAUUUGAGUUAA